GACAAAACCAGGACCGUGAACGGAUAAAAGGAUCACAUUCUCUCACGCGACGAAAUGAAGGUUUACGUGAUUCUCCUACAGGUGAUGGUGGCAGUGACGACGGCAGAGGAAACGAUCCUGAAAUCACCGAUCAAUGAAGGACUGAUUAACGUUGUGAACAUUUGCCAAGAGGAUUAUUACCCGUGCACCUGCGAGACAUAUCCAUUCGACCUGAUUCCUUCUCUCUAUGUAAAUUGUAAAGACGUUCCUUCGUUCGAGUCCGUUCAGGCCGCCUUCCGGCGCACUUCGGCCCCACAAGUCAAAGAAUUCAUUUUGACCAUUCCGAUCUUCGAAACAAACAAAACCAUUCCUGCCAAUUUGCUGAGUGGCAAAGGUGCCCAAGAGAUCACGCUGAAUUGUCCUAGCACGGAGACGCAGUUGACGGUCGAUCCUGCGGCAUUUAACUCAUCGGAAGACUACACAAAUUUCAUCAAAUUCAGCACAUGCGAUCUGAGCCAAUUGGACUACAAAUUUCUGACAAAUUUCAACGUUUUGAAAGAGAUUUAUUAUGCAAGUUCGAUUAACGUUUCUCGCUGGCCCAACCUUCCCAAUCUGCCAAGCCUUCGGAAGUUAUCAAUCAACAGUUCACCUGAUUUUAAAGACUUUAAAAGUCUACCAAUCUCCCAAUUACCAGCUCUGAGCGAGUAUUCCAUUCGACUGUGUCCUAAUUUCGAACUAUUGCCCAACACAACUGCAACGAAAACACUGAUAAUCGAAUCAUGUCCACUUUUCAACGAAUGGGAUAAUGUGGCCCGACAGAAUAGAUUAACUUCUCUAUCGCUAAUCAGUUUGGACAGUCAGACUAUUGAAAAUGCUCUGGAUAAGAUUUCAUCUUCUCCUGUGGUCGACAUCUUGGAAGAAUUGAUUUUGACGUUUAACGGUCUGACGCAAGUUCCAUCGCAAAUUCAACUGUUUUCUCAGCUACAAAAUGUCACUCUGUCCGACAACAACAUUUCAACGGCUGGAAAUGGUUCACUCGCUUUUAGUACACCUAAACUAAAAAGAUUGUUCUUGAAUCGGAACGGACUGUCUCAUUUUGAACCAGAGGCUUUCCAAGGUGAUUUUAGCGUGUGCGAAGUCCUAUUGGGGUAUAACAAUUUAACAAAAUUGGAAUCUUCCGUUUUCAAGUCGGUCCUUGAACAAAUGGAUGCGACUGAUGUUGGAUAUUUUUCCGUCGAAAAUAAUCCUUUCGAAUGCGAUUGUGACCUGGCCUGGAUAUUUCGCGAUAAUCUUUACUUAAGAGAUCAAAUCAAAAAUGGAAAAUGCACCAACGGAAGUUACUUUUCAUCGCUUGGCCCGACAGAUUUCGCUUAUUGUAACAAAGACACCUCUACUUCACUAUCCUCUACUACCGUUCAAUCGCCAACGACGCCGAGUACUGGUGUUGCAUCAUGUCCGCUAUUCGAUCCUGUUUCCUUUCUUAUUACAUUCGCCAUUUUUUCAUUUCAAGUUCUUGUCCUAAUCUAAAGCUUUUGCUUAC